AAUAGCCAUAAAUCUUGCUGAUGCUUUCAGCUUUUAUCACAGGAAAGGAAUUCAAAGCAGGCAAGAUAUAUAAGCAAAUCUCAAUCAUCAGAAUACUAAAAAUGCAAGCAAGACAGGCAGCAGGCAGGAUGUGGAAUAUGAAUACGAGGAAGAUAAUGGCGAUGCGCAACUGCACCAUUGCAAAGCCAGGAGCUCGGGCGGCAGAACACGGCGUCAGGGCACCCCUGCCUCGCAAUGACAAUCUAAAACAAGAAAUCCAAAGAGAAAACGAAAAGGAUAUUUUGGAGGAAGCGCGUGAAAGCACAGCCGCCGAGAGAGAACAAACGGACCUAGAGGCCGACAGGUCCCCCGCCGCCCGCCACCACACGGCGGAGGAAGUGGGCGGUGGUAAGGCGGGGCAAUUCUUACAUCAUACGGAAAUUCCGGUGGGAAACCCUAAUUACCAGCAGUCCCGUCGGUGGAGUCACCGGGAGCAAUUAUCCUGUGGAGUCCCAUUUGACGUGGAAAAGGUCAAGGGCACGGAAGAGGUGACCGACAGCCGUGGGUAUGAAGGCGAUGACGUGUUGUCCACCGUACCGGCUGCCUCCGGUGAGAUGGACACUAUGUAUGAGCGGGCGGAGGAGAGCCUUGAGCAGGUCCGCAGCGGCGUCCCUUCUGAGCAGGCGGUUGGAGUUAUGACGAAUUAUGUUACGACAAUUGCGUAUUUUGAGGAUCCUGAUAGUUUUGAGAAGUUUAGCGAGGAGCAGAUGGAGAGCGCGGAGGAGACAUUGGAACGGGGUGAGCGUAUUCUUAGGGAGGCUGUUGAAUGUGGUGGGGAUGGAAGCAUCACUCCCGCCUCCAGGAUGCUCCGCCAGCGGUUGGAGGGACGAGGAGGCUCCCUUCCCCUUUGUCGUCAUCACUGAAUUUUGAGUCUGAUUGGGAACUGAGCAGCAGUCUCAGCGGUCUGCAUUUGUCUAUUUGAACAUUUUGAUUUCUAACACUUUUAAUGAGGAACAAAAAUGUUGGCGUAGCGACUAUAUACACGAUGAGAUCCCUCUCAACCAACAGUACGUGCUUUUGAUGUGAUGGCAAAUUCUACAAAAAAUUGAGCCAAGGUUACAAAAAUUAUUGUCUAUAAUGAAUAGUGGUAUGAGCAAGACAUAAUGGUGAGCAGAUUGGUGGAUGUGUUCUUUUGCUUCAAGAAAUCUCCACUUUAUGAAUUACAGCUUGUGGGUACAUGGAAAAACUCAAAAUCUUGUUGCAGAGUUCAAGAAUGAAUCUGUAAGUUCUAGCUUGUGGGUACAUGGAAAAAUUCAAAAUCUUGUUUCAGAGUUCAAGAAUGAAUCUGUAAGUUCUAACAAGGAUCAAGCUCAAUGCAUCAAUUUUGCUUAGUCUGUUUUCCACGCUUUCAUUUUGUUGAUUGUACUACUGCAGUUCUUUGGGAUGGGAAAGAAAGGACUUUCUUUGCUUAA